GCGAUGUCUCGAGAAUCGCGAACAUCGAGAAUCGAACGACUAACAUGGUUGUCGCCCGGCGAAGGUUGACGCUACACUUUUGGUGGCUGUCAAACGUAACGUGACGUGACGUCCUCGCGAAUUAAACGCAAAAAUUUGAUUUGCAGUUCGCGAUCUGUGAUAUCGCGGACAAAAUGGGGAUCUUCUUCGCAAAAAAGAAACAUACGAGCCGCGUCACUGAGCAGGACAAGGCGAUUCUGCAAGUAAAACAAGCGAGGGAUAAGAUUAAACAGUACCAAAAAAAGAUUGAACAGAAUUUGGAAAAAGAACGAUUGCUUGCGAAAGAACUUCUAAAAAAUGGAAAAAAAGAUCGAGCGUUGCUUCUGUUACGCAAGAAGAAAUAUCAAGAACAAGUUCUGACACGAGCAGAUGGUCAGCUAGAAAAUCUUGAACGUAUGAUGCACGAUUUGGAAUUUGCUCAAGUUGAGAUGAAAGUUGUUGACGGUCUAAAAGUUGGCAAUACUGCAUUGAAACAACUGCAUGCUUUAUUGUCUAUCGAUGAAAUUGAAAAAGUCAUGGAUGAAACAAGAGAGGGUAUUGAGAAACAAAGAGAAAUAGAUGAAAUAUUAUCAUCAACAUUUGCUACAGAGGAAGAGAUUGAUGAAAGCGAGAUUGAAGCAGAAUUGGAUGCCUUGAUAGAAGCAGAGAUCGAGAAAGCUCCUGAAAUAUCAAAGGAUGUUUUACCAGACGUGCCAAAGGAAUUACCAGAGGAAGAAAAGAGUCGAACGAAAGAAAAGAUUCAAGAACCAAUCGCGAUAAUGGCAUGAAAUGUAAUAUUCAAGAACUGACAAAUUUUUGCUAAAUGAUUUUGUGCAAUAAGCUAUGUAUAUAUGUACAGUAAAUAUACAACAUAUUUAAUAAGUCUGGUUUAUAAAAUGUAUUCAUAAAUCAAAACUUUAGUCCAAAUUACUUUUAAUUUGUUGUAUACUAUGUAAUAAAAUCCAUUAUGCUAUGUA